AUGGAUAAUUACGAUAACUACGAGGUUAACGUAGAUUACCUCUCCGCUGGUGCCAACAGGCACACGGCCGUGGCAGAUUGGAACCAAGAUGGGAUCGUAGCUUUCGGAGCUGACUCAUAUAUCGCUCUCUGGCGACCUCAUGACUCUCAACCCAGGGGUAUAACCACACUCGUCUCCGGACACAGUGGUGUUGUUAAGUCUGUCAGGUUUCUCCCCAAAUUCCACGGAGAGUCUAAGACAUAUCUGCUCAGCGGUGCCGAUGACCAGACACUAAAAGUCUGGGAAAUCUCAUCCAACGACUCUGAUAUCACCACAGUGUCUUGCAUCCAGACUGUACAGGCUCACGCUGCCGCAAUUAACUUUAUAGCGGCUUGUCAUGAGGGAGCAUCGGCGACUUCUACGUCGAGAAUAUUUGCUACAGGAGCAGCAGAUGCCUCGAUAAAAGUAUGGGCUCUGGAAGAAAGCCAUGUCCGCUUACUACAAACGAUUAAGAUUUCUCCGAAGUUCUUUCCUCUCUCAAUAGCUCUCAGUACACUCAGACGGGAUGGUGAAGCUCUGGUCAUGGCUGUAGCGGGAACUAGAGAUAUCGUCCAAAUCUUGGUGGCGGAUUCUAGAAAUAACCCCGAGUUCCAGCUCCAGGCAACUUUGUCAGGCCAUGAAGGUUGGAUUCGGUCGUUAGAUUUCACAUGGGAGGGGACUAGUCCCGAUAGCGACCUGAUAUUGGCCUCUGCGAGCCAGGAUAAGUAUGUUCGUCUUUGGAGGUUCCACCAGGGUGCAGAGCUGCCCGCUGCAACUGCAAACGGAGCUGACCCGUCUAUGGGUGCAUUCAUGCCAGGUAAAUCUCCUUCGAACAAGGCCCAUCGACUGAAAACUGUAGAAAAGGAAUACUCUAUUACGUUCGAGGCUCUAUUGUUAGGCCACGACGAUUGGAUUUAUAGCGCGAGAUGGUACUCAGAUAUAUCUACCGGGAAGCUUCAGCUCCUUUCUACUUCUGCAGAUAAUACGCUAGCUAUAUGGGAGGCAGACCUUUCAUCGGGGAUCUGGGUGACGACUGUCCGGCUCGGUGAAAUCAGCAGGGAACAGGGUGCCACAACAGCCACGGGCAGCACAGGUGGUUUCUGGACGGGACUUUGGUCCCCGGAUGGAACUUCAGUGGUAUGCCUCGGGAGGACCGGUAGUUGGAGGAUGUGGAAUUACAAUAAGGAACAAGAUCAGUGGAUCCCACACAUUGGCAUCACUGGCCACACAAGAGCCGUCACCGGUAUAGCGUGGUCGAAGAAUGGCGACUACCUCCUUUCUACGAGCUCAGACCAGACGACACGGUUGCACGCGAGCUGGAACAACGGACCUGAUAAGAAGACGUGGCACGAGAUGGCUCGGCCGCAGAUCCACGGCUAUGACCUCAACUGUAUCGACUCGCUCGGGAAUUCCAAGUUUGUCUCCGGGGCCGACGAGAAGCUGAUGCGUGUGUUUGAGGAGCCGAAGGCGGUGGCAAAGCUGCUGAGUAGGUUGUGUGAUAUCGGCAACGAAGACGUCGAGACUAUGCCCGACGCUGCCAACAUGCCGGUUCUCGGCCUCUCAAACAAGGCAAUCGAAGCUGUCGACGACGAUCUCGAAGUCCAAGCAGCCAAUCCCGAGGCGGACCGAGACGCCUUAGAUCCGGGUUCGACCGUCCGCAAAUCCGUGUUGGACAUCGACCACCCGCCAUUCGAGGACAGUCUCUCUCGGCACACUCUUUGGCCUGAAAUUGAAAAGCUCUACGGACACGGCUACGAGAUUUCAUGUUUGGCUGUAAGUCACGAUGGAACUUUAAUCGCUAGCGCUUGUAAAGCAAGCUCAAUCAACCACGCUGUCAUCCGUUUGUUCGAGACGGAGAAGUGGACUGAGGUGAAGCCACCACUAACGGCUCACUCCCUAACUACGACACGCCUACGGUUCUCUCCCGAUGACAGGUAUCUCCUGAGCGUUGGACGAGAUCGACAAUGGGCGGUUUUCGAGAGGGACAACGAUAACAAGCAGAAUUACAAGCUUCUGCAGUCUAACCCCAAGGGACACUCGAGGAUGAUCUUGGAUGCAGCAUGGGCUCCUUCGACCAGUUCAUUUGUGUUUGCCACCGCGGGUCGAGACAAACAGGUGAAAAUAUGGCGACAAGCAUCGCCCGACUCUGCGGACUUAGGCAUCACCUGCGUAACUACCAUACCAGAAACUCAUCCGGUCACGGCUAUCGAUUUUCUACAUCGUGACACCGAGAACAAUAGCUUUCUCCUCGCUGUAGGCACGGAGAAUGGAACCGUUUCAAUAUAUUCGAUCGACGCGACAUCUCUCAGUGUAUCUUCAAAAUUAAAUUUAAAGCCAGAGUAA